GGCGGGAGAAUAAGAGGGAGAAUAAGAUCGACAGGAGGCAGGCAAACCCUCGCAAAAAUGGAGAAGGGAAGAGGCAAGGCCGAUGGAAGUACUAGGUGCUUGUACAAGAUCCUCGGAGUGGAGUACGUAGCAUCGACCAAGGAGAUCAGAAAGGCAUACAUUAAGCACACACUGGAGCUGCAUCCUAACAAGAAUCCGGAAGACAGGGACACAAUGAAGAAGUUACAUGACGCUUUUGUGAUCUUGGGAGAUCCUCAGAAGAGAGCACUCUAUGAUGCAAUGGGUUGUGUUGAAUCAGGAGAUUGUCGCGCAUCACCGUAUGACUGUUGUAGGAGAAGAAAUGAGCGUGUUACUCUCGGCGACAUCGAAAGUUUUUGUGAGCACUAUAGAGGUUCAGAGGCCGAGGUUAAAGAUCUCAAAGGUCUUUAUAUGAAAUAUGGAGGCAAUAUGGACAAAGUGUUUGCUAACCUUAUGUGCUCGGAGCCAAGGGAGGAUUCUCGUCGUUUUAUGGAAGUGCUAGGCACAGCAAUUUCUUCUGGCGAGCUGGUCGAAACAGAGGAAUAUCGGACUUGGGCAAAUCAAUUCCAGUAAACUUAGAUUGAAGCCCUUAUAGCUUGAAGACACAAGUUUAUUUAAGGAUGUAAUACAUUUUUAGGUGUGAUAGUUUUUCAAUGUUGAUUCUUAACUUUAAAGACA